AUGGGUAACCUAUCCGUUAGUGAAUGUGCAACGAAAGUUUAUCAAACUGCCAGUGACGGUUCUUCUGAUCUGACUGAUCUUUUAAAGCGGCUGAAACCUGAACAAAGUAAAACCGCUUUGGAAACAAAAACUAAAGAUGGCAGUCAUUUUGUCACUCCUCUCAUCAUCGCUGCUCACAAUGGAAACCUGAAUUCUGUGAGGAUUCUUCUACGAUAUGGAGCAGACAUCGAGGCUCGAGGAACGCUUAAGAUGGAUGACGAAGUUAUAGAGGGUUGUACACCUUUGUGGGCCGCUGCUGCUUCUGGUCGUCUCGACGUUGUGAAACUGUUAAUCGAACGAAAUGCUGACGUCGAUAGCAGAACAUUGACGGGUUCGACUCCAUUGAGGGUUGCUGCCCACGAAGGCCACCUUGACGUUGUGAGAUGUUUGGUUGAGAGCGGGGCAGAUGUGAAUGCACGCAAUGACUAUGAGUCCACCCCUCUAAUGGCAGCAUGCUACUUUGGCCACUUAAGUGUUGUUACUUAUCUUAUUGACAAAGGCGCCUUUAUGGAUCUGCAAUACAAAGAUGCCGGCAACACUGCACUUCACGACGCUGUUAAAAGGGGAUACUUGGAAAUGGUCAGUCAACUUUUGGCUCUUGGAGCAUCACAACUGCCAAAUAAUCAAGGUUUAACACCACUUCUCCAUGCCUGUAAUUUACGUUCCAUUGAAAUGGUGGAGUAUCUUAUCAACAGACCGGAAUGUAAAAAGGAACAGAGAAUUGAUGCUCUUGAACUUCUUGGUGCCACCAGUGCUAAUGAUAAACCUCGGGACAUUAAUAAAGCGUUUAGUUACAUGAAACGUGGAAUGGAGAUGAGAUAUGAAGACCUGGCACAUCCAUUGCUUAAAAAGAAAAUGGAACCUGUGGAAGCUUACCAAAAUAGAACAGAGAGUCAAACUCUUGGGGAACUUGCUCUGUUAGAAGGUGAUGAUCAUGCUAUCGGCAUGGAAGGACUAAUAAUCAGAGAGAGAAUCCUUGGAUCUGACAAUCCAGCUAUUCUGUAUGAAAUCAGAUUCCGGGGAGCUGUUUUAGCUGACUCUGAGCAGUACGAUCUUUGUAUUGGUUUGUGGCAACGAGCGAUGGAGAAAGCCAUGAACUGUGAUUUUCCGAUAACAGAAGAUCUUGAACGCCUGACAGAUUUAUUCGGAGAAAUGUUACAAAAAGGUAAACUUUUGAGUCCAAAUUCUAUUGAAGAAGUGUUUGAAAUACUGGUUGCUGCAAGUGAGAAACGGACAGAAGAACGUAUGUCUAAAAACUUGCAAGAGGAGCAUGAAAACAAGGAGCAAGAAGAAACGCUUCAAUAUUGUGCUCUCUAUCUUUUGAUGAUAUACACCAAAGUUAGAGUUCAAAAUGCCAACAUGAUUGACUUUCUUCAAAGAUUUCUACGUUUAAACCCUCGUAACAACGAUAGAAAUACUCUACUUCACUUAGCUGCGUGGCAUGAAACUCCGAUUAAAGAAGACAAUGUGCGAAGAGUGUGCAAGCUUCCCUGUGUUGAGACCAUGAAGCUUAUUUUACAUGCAGGGUGUGAUGUAAAUGCCGUUAACACCGAGGGAAACACACCUCUCCAUCUAGCUGUGACGUUCAAGCCUGCUGACCCUGAAGAAGCCGUGAUUUUAUCAGAAAUGCUGCUGUUGCUGUUAGAUAUCGGUGCAGACCCAAAGCAGGCAAACAAGAACGCGCAAACACCACUGGACAGCUGUGAAACUGGCGAAGCUCGUACGAUUCUGUCUGAGAAAAGAGGACUAAUUGUCAUGGACGACGAUUUCAGAGAUGUAAGAAAGUUUUAAAUUAUAACAUAUUAUAAUUCCCUAAAAUCAUUUCUGUCACCUCUGUUACGAAAUGAGAGAGUACUUUCUUCCGUGUCCUAUGUUGUGUUUAUUAUAUUACGUCACGCUUGUCUACCCUUAAACGCCUUGAACAGAGUAGGUUUUCAAAAUCGUGUCUUUUCGAAUGAAAAGAUCCAUCACAAUGCUGUGAUAACCGAAAAAAUCGUGUUUGUGUUUUAACAGCAGGCUCUCAGGUGACGCUAACAGUAAGAAAUGUUAUGAACCGUUCGGCAAUCUUUCUACAUUUCUUCCAAAAUAGUAAGCCAUGCCACUAACACAUUUUUCAAAAUCUCUUUCGCCGGCGGGGGUGAAAGGGGGUUUUCCCAUUCCCUCUUUUAUUUCUUCCCUCUUGGCGUCUCCACCAUUUUUGCCCCCUUCCACCAAACGGCGGAGAGCCUGUUCACCAGACUACAUAAAAGUCCUUUUCGUGACGGAUCCAUGGCAGAUCGGCUAAUAAAAUGGUUGGGAUAUAGUACUUUAACUGAACUACGUUUUUGCUUUGGUUCUCCUCUGAGUCGGUAUGUCUUUACCUUUACCCAAAGGAUAGAAAAAUCAGAAGUGGCGAAUAUAAGAAAAGAGGGGAAGGAAGAUUUGCUCCUAAAACAGAAAAUGACCCAAAUGAGGACACUCAGAAGGAGACUGUAACAAAGGAAUUAUCAGGUAAGAGAAUUCAACUAAAGGUCCAUUUGUUUUGACGAAUAAUUGCAACCAAGAUCAUUGAGCUCCACUGAUGAGCCGUUAUAUUUAGGGGCCAUUUUAGGGGAGGUGAAAAGAGAGGUUAUCUUUUUCGACAGAGAGGCAGGGGGACAAUGGCCAGAUGUGGUGGCUCCCUCAUCGUUCAAGGCGGCAGAAGAUAUUUGGACUGCUCUCACAGUGAUGGACAUAAUACGUGUCUGAUCAACAAAAAAAAACAGCAAAAAUAAAACAAAACAAUCAACUGAAAUGUGAUUUUUAUUUGUAAAUAAAAUAAAAAUAAGGCCAGCUCGUGAAUGUAACCAAGAGAACAACUGGAGAGGAGACUGAAUAUCCUAUACGGAGGUAAAAAUCUUAAACAUUCAAGCAACACACCAGAUACAUUAUUAAGUUGAGAUCAGAUUUCUUGGGUCUGCAUAAAAAUAAAUUAAUAAAAAUUGACAGGAAUUCCCCUUUAGAAUGAAGCAACUUUAGAAGAUCCAGUCUCUAAGUGCAAUCCUGUCUAGAUGUUACACUAAGGUCACUAGGCGUGAGACCAAAGAAAAUUGUCUCUUUUUAUGCUGUUAGGGCCAAGUCGCACUAGAGGACAAAACUGUUUAUUUAUGUCAAAAAUCUGUCAUCACAAUGAAAAACCAAGUGCGAACGGUUUGUUCACCAAGGGACAAAAUUUGGUCGCAGACGGACAAACUUCAAAGAUGCCGUCGACUACCUCUGGAGCAGGCCAAAUUGAGACAAAUUUUGGAAAACAAUAGCGAGUGUGUUUUAAUUCGGAAAUGAUUUGACAGGUGAGAUGUAGCAGAGUCUCUAUGCUAUAAACUUCGUUGUAAAAUUAAUCACGUUCACAUUUCGCAACAACAUGAAUCCCGGCGCGGGCGACCCAUUUUUUUCCGUACGAAUACGGUAUCCACAAUAUCCACCAGGAUGGAUCUAUCCUUUGGCAGACCCUUACAUGUUUAAUGAUCGAGGAAAUCCCAGCCCAUUUCCUUCGACCACGAGUACUGACUCGUUGCCAGAAUCCCUCCAGUUCAGCGAAGAUAGCUCAAUGCCGGCAUCAACCCCAUCUUCUUCGCGUCGUGCAUCUUCGUCAGCCGAGAACAAGAAGGCUCAGGACAGAUGGAGUAAAGAAGAGGAGAAGCUUUUAGUUCAACUGUGGGCUGAAAUCACAAGGCGCUCACAGCAUGGUGUUGUGUUUUGUUCACAGAUUUUGUUCUUAAGUGCGACUGUAGCUCUCCGGACAAAUUUUUUGUCACUGGCCGAUUUCAAGUCGAAUUUGUCCAGAACAAAUGUAAAAUUGCCCUCUAGUGCGACUUGGCCCUUAGACAAAAAGCUGAAAAAGGUGCCCUUCUAUCUUUAUUUCUUUAAGGA